UCCUCUAGCUGUAUUGAACAUAGCACUACAGAAGCAUGUUUGUGUUGGGAAAUUCCAUUCCACCUUUAGAGCAGACAUGGAACUGUUGCGUGUCACAUGUCUGUUUACAUACCAGCACAGAUUGCUGGGUACUUCCGUUGUGUAUAGCUUUUGCUUUUGAGACUCUCUCUGAGGAGACAAAGGAGAGACGACAUGGUGUUUUUUUGUCCUGAUUUAUGCUGAAUAAAUCUACUUGUAAUUAUGCUUUCACAAGCCUCUUCACGCCGCUUCUGUUGGUGCAGUGCACUCUGCUAAUAUAGUGUGCUCAGACUUUUGAAGUCUGAGUCACUGGUUUACGUCACACCAGAGUUCGGGGGAUCGUCCAGCAUGUCGGCUGGAAGGGCAUGAUCCAGCUGGGGGCUAGCCAGCUGGCCUCUCAACCCCCUCUGGAUGCUGACAGUUUGCCCAUAUUGUGUGCACCCCUGUCCCGUCAUUGCCUCUGGUUACAUACACACGUUCUGCAUGCGAAGACCUCAGCGAGUUAGGGUCUUCUCCUACAUGCGAAGCGGAUUGAGAGGAUGAGAUCAAUAGUGGGUCUAAUGGUUAAGAAGGUGGUUUUCUUGAAGAAGCUGAUGAUGCUGAAGCCCCCGCACCCUUUCCCGACAGUGGACGUCCCAGCCCACACUCACUAUACCAUCGGGGCUGUCAUUCUCGCAGUGGGGAUCACAGGAACUCUUGGUAACCUCCUGGUCAUCUUUGCUUACUGCAGGAGCAGAGGCCUUCGUACUCCCGCCAACAUGUUCAUUAUCAACCUGGCUGUUAGUGAUUUCCUAAUGGCCAUCACCCAGUGUCCAGUUUUCUUCACCAGCAGUCUCAACAGACGGUGGAUAUUUGGUGAAAAAGGUUGUGAGCUGUACGCUUUCUGCGGAGCGCUUUUUGGCAUCGCUUCCAUGAUCACUCUAACAGUGAUAGCGCUGGACAGGUACUUUGUGAUUACGCGACCCUUGGCUUCCAUUGGAGUAAUGUCUAAGAAGAAAGCUUUGCUAAUCCUGUUAGGAGUCUGGCUGUAUUCCUUAGCAUGGAGCCUUCCUCCCUUCUUUGGAUGGAGUGCUUAUGUUCCAGAAGGCCUCCUGACAUCCUGCUCCUGGGAUUAUAUUACCUUCACCCCAUCAGUCCGUGCCUACACAAUGCUCCUCUUUUGCUUUGUGUUCUUCAUUCCGCUAAUUGCCAUCAUAUACAGCUAUUUCUUCAUUUUCAGAGCCAUCCGGAAUACAAACAGGGCUGUUCAAAGGAUCAGUUCAGAUGGUACAAAAGAAUCUCAAAGGCUGUCCCAGAGGAUGACGAAUGAAUGGAAAAUGGCCAAAGUAGCCCUGGUGGUCAUCUUGCUUUUUGUCCUCUCCUGGUCUCCAUAUUCCAUGGUGGCUUUGCUGGCUUUUGCAGGGUACUCCCAUGUGCUCACUCCCUUAAUGAACACAAUACCUGCAGUGAUUGCCAAAGCUUCAUCCAUCUACAACCCAUUCGUUUACGCCAUUGCCCACCCCAAAUACAGAAUGGCGAUUGCAAAAUUUCUUCCCUGCCUUGGAUCUCUGCUAAGGGUUUCUCAUAAGGACUCCAGAUCUAACAGCUUCCCUUCCACCAGACGUUUCACUGUCACCAGCCAGUGCUCUGAUAUGAAUGGGCUGCCAAGAGGAAACAGACGGCUCUCCUCGGUCUCAGACAGCGAAUCAGAAUGGACUGACACAGAGGCGGAUAUCUCUAGCCUGAACUCCAGAGGUGCUAGCGGGCAAGUUUCGUACGAGAUGGGUGAAGACACCACGGCAGAAAUGAACAAUGUCAAAGUCAAAUCUAAACUGAAAAGCCACGAUUCAGGGAUUUUUGAAAAGACUUCAGUGGAUGCAGAUGACAUUUCUAUGGCAGAGGACUUAGCCUUUGGAAACUACAUCUUUGGAGACAGCCUGACAGGUGACGAUCAGUACACUUUUGGCGUGAGAGCAGAAGAUUCUUGCUACCCGUCAUCUGCAGCCCAGAUACCCAGCAUUGUGGUAACCUACAGCCACGUCCAACGAAUGGAGCUGCCUUUUCAACCCAACUCUGACCCUUCAUGCUCCAGGAACAGUGGCUAUAGCUGGGAGAGGAACUCCAGCAGCCGGCUAGAGUGGCUGUGCCAGGAUAGUGCCUUAGGCCCUACGCCAGAGACACACAUGUGUCAGCUUAGUGUAGAAAACCUCCCAAAACAUCACUGAAGCAGGAAGAGGGGGCAGAAGAAUGAAAAUCGCCGGCUUUCCUAUAAAGAGUCAAAAACAGCUCCACAAUAGUUAAUCUGCUUUACAUGUUGAUUGAGUUCUCCACAAUGUUUGUGCUAAUACGUUGAGCAUUUAAAACAAACAGAGGUAGUAGCCCGUUUUAUCCUGAGAACAGGCUCACACAUGAAUCUUGUAUGGACAGUCUACGCCCAGCCAUCCACAGAUCGCAACUGUCAGGCAGGGAAUCCCUGAUAAUGUCCAGCUGGAGAGGCAGCAGGCAGGGAAUCGGCUGACAUGCCCAGCCUUUUUUGACCAGUGGGGGGAAUGUUGAGAAAGUCUUGCAUGUGCCAGUCGCAAAAUGGCUGCCGUGGUGUGGCGUAACACAAAAUGGCCACCACAUCUGAAAGAGGCAGGGCCAAAGAUGGCUUGGGAACCCUCCCUGCAUCAGCUCCCCUAUCAAUGGGAACCGGGGAGCACCUACAUCAGCCACAACUGCACUUGCUCACUCUUGGUUUGAAUGGAAGGGAGGUUUGGUUGCCAAGUCCUGCCAUCCAAUGAAAAAUGAGCAUGUGUGCAACGCAGAAGCCAAAGCAGUGCCAAUAUAAACUGAACAGAAACAGCAAGCUGUCCCUCAUGCGUUGUUGAUUUUUUGAGGGGAUAUUUAGGGAGACCUUUCACAAGUAUUGUAGAAAAUCCUGGUGGGCACAUGCACUGGUGGCCCCUAGCCUGGUGGCUCAAAGGAAUAUAUAGCCUAGUGGCUUCUUCUUGCAAGAAACAGAUGCUCGGAUUAAGGGUUUGUGAUAGGCUCUCCAGAACAGGGGACAGCUGUAGCUCCAUAGUGGGUGAGCACAUGGUUUGUUGCAGAAGGCCCCAACACUGAGCCAGAUUGACCGAACCAUCUGACUUGGUAUAAGGCAGCUUCCUAUGUCCUCAGUUGCCUGAUUCCUGGGACCAGGAGGGUUCUCAUCUGUGGUGUUAGUCUCCUCCUGCCUUGAAGUACCUCCAGUUUCCUUCUUCACGCAGCAGCCCUGCUGGUGUCAAGAGAAGAGGACUGGCACCUGAUGUUGCAAAGUUCCUGGUUUGAGCUGUACAGCUCAAGGUAUGUGACUCAAGGCCUGCGUGGAUAGUGUCAAGGCAUAGCUUAGUCACUAGGUGGCGCCGGGCUUGUGUGUGUAGCCAAGUGGCGUCAGGAGGUUCCUGCUGCUGUUCUGUUCUUGUUUAGAGAAACAAUAAAGUUAUCGUUUAGCUCCUUGACUAGUGUGUCCACUCAGCCUUCCAUGAAGAGGCCUAUGUGCAUAUCAAUCCCAUCGUGCAGCCAGUCCAUACCAUUUUGGGCGGAUGAUAUCUCAUCCAUCUCAUCCAUAGGGCUUUCAGGCAUAGCUAAAUUGUCUUUUUUGUCACAGGUUCUGCUGAAGGAUACAUAUUCCCGCACCUCAGCUCUUGUAGAUCAUGUGUAAAUGGGUUCUAGAACCCUUUGGGGAGGGAAAAAGUGAUGCCUGCCAUUUUACUGUAUGGUGAUUUAUAAAUGUAUAAAUAAGGUGCUUCUGUCAAGAUCAAGGCAUGGGGACUGUGCACAUGUCUCAUGGAAAACGUAACAUCUUCACUGUGCUUAAUCCACAUGGGACAAGUGUCACAGGAAGACCGUUUGGAAGAAGAGCCUCUACACCCGUCACCAAGGUGCACUUAAUGGAUGAUGUGGAGGUACCACCCGUGCCAACAUGGGAUGCAUGCCCAGGCAUUCAGCUGAACAUGCAGAUGCUCAAAAGUGUGGAUGGAGGGGUGGGGCGUGCAUGAAAGCCAUGCCUCCAAUGUCCUCAUGCAUGUUGCUCCCCGCCCCCUGCUCCUCCGCAUUCCUGAAUGUCUCCACAUCAAGCAGGGGGCUCACAUAAUUGAUCAGGGAUCCUGCUAUUUCAGGGUCCCCAGUGGCACCAAGUAGGAGCCCUCUGCAGAACUUUCCCACUCAGCACAGGGAUGAUGCCUGGGACUGAACAUGCAGGGUGCCACACUCACAAGACCUGCUUCCAUGCAUGCCCCCUGCCCCAGAUAUGAAGUUUGUAUCUUCAGGCAAAUCUGGGAAACAUACUUAAUGUCCAUAUAUUGCAAAAAUGGGGACAGAGAAGGUCUCUCUGUGCAAUAACCGUAAUGUGUAUUCUAGGCUUCUAUCAACAAGAUGUCAGGACUUGCGCCUGCACUGGGCCCUGAACUUGGCACCUUUUCAAAUAAAUAAGCAAAUGAAUUUAUUGCCGCCCUUGACGAGCAAGUACCAGAGCAGGUUACAAUUUAAAAUUCAACAUUGAAAACAGUUAAGUCACAGGAAUAGGGUUGAGAAUGACAACCUGCCCUCUCCUGAGAAUGGCAGGAAGACAUUCAACCUGUGUAACCAACACCCAGAACAAGGAAAUACCUCGACAUUAAUAGGCAAGAGGAGAUCACGUGGUACAUUUUGCCCCAUAUAGAAGCGACUUGAGUCAAGCUUGCCCUCCAGUGGAUUUUACUUCUCUCUCUCACCCUUCCUUUUCUUUCUUUCUUUCUUUCUUUCUUUCUUUCUUUCUUUCUUUCUUUCUUUCUUUCUUUCUUUCUUUCUUUCUUUCUUUCUUUUCCUCAUUCUCUUCACACACAGCCCCCAACCUGAACUUCACGCAACCUAUAUCUGAUGCAAAAUAGUAUCAUAACAGAAAACACAGUGUAGGUUAUAUUGGCAAUUGGAACGAAUUGUCUCUGGGAACAAAUAAUGUAACGGCGAUGUACUUUGCAGUAUUUUAUGAUUUUCAGUAUCUCGAUGUACUUUUUCUUUUUAAACAAUAAAAAAAUUGUAUAUAUAAAUAUCCACAAGCUGCCCAUAUGUUGCCAGAUAUCUAGGCUGCUUGAUUUCUGAUGUUAUUACUCCCCAUUAUUGCUUUGAGGUAGAAAACAAGAUUAUGAGGUCAACGAGGAAAAGAAGGGAAUACACAGCUCAGAAACCAGGGUGGCUUCUUGGAAGCCAAAUAAAAAGAUGAAAGAGAUUGAUUAUAAUUCUUCCCUUCAUCUGUCUGGGCAGGAUAUUGACUUAAGGCAAGGGUCUGAUAGAUAAUGAACUGAUUGAACAGACAGUCUAAUAACAAAAUAUUAGAUGUCAUUCUGCCAAACCAGGCUUCCAAUUUAAUCCCACCAAUUCACAAUGCCAAUCCAGAGAACUGGAUCUUCACCACCAUAUACUCCCAGACCUCCCAAUCUGCCCCAUUAGGGCCUCUAUUAGACACAUACCAUGGGUUCUUCUCUUUCCCAGGGCUGAUAGGGGAGAUUAGGAAGGCCAUCUUGAGUAUAAUCUAGAAGUUGGCUUGUUUAUUGCAGCACCAAUAACAUGUUUGGGGUUCACACCACAGUCAAGGGUUUGUUGCCAGGUCUGCUAAUGAGCCAGUGCACAAAUUCUCAUGAACUUGGGAUCUUCGCCGGC